UUACGUGAAAUCGAUAUGGAUGAAAGUGUCUUCGGUAUUGAAUUCAAGUCACUUAUUACAAUUGAUGACUUGGAGGAGAUUUUUAGGCAUGAUCAACUAGGCGUCAGUAACAUGCACUCAUACAUCCGGUUGUUGUAUGACAGAGUGUUGCGCGGGAAUCCAUUGUCUAACAGAUUCCGUUUCGUGUCUUCCGCCCAUUGCAGCGGAAUGGCAAUUGCUUCGGAACCGGAAUCAGUUAGACAGCGCUUAGUCGAUAGAUUCAUGUCCACCGGCAAUACAGAAAGUCUGCAUCUUUGGGCGUAUAAUACCCGACCAGUAGGAGCACACUGGUUGCUGCUUGCUAUCAACCCUAUAAGGGAAGUCGUGUAUUAUCUGAAUUCGGUAAAUGGUGAAUGGACCAAUUAUCCGGCUAUGAAGGACAUCGUUGAUUUGUAAGUGGGAUCGUUCUAAAUAUAUAUUCGUGUAUAUUUAUAUAUUUACUUAUUUGUGGGAUUGAUCUAAACAUAUGCUUUUAUAUAUUUGUUAAUUAGAUCAAUACAAGUGUU